UGUAUCUGUAGUCAUUGAUACAACGUGUUAUGAUUAUAAACUCCUAACCUUUAAAUAAAUAAUAUGCAAAUAAAAAUCAUUAGUAAUAAAAUGCUUUUAUGUACAACACGGUUGUCAAAUAUUUAGUUAUAUUUUAUUGACAAAAAGGAUUGAAUUAUAUUUAUACAGCUUAUAUUAUAAAUAAACUAUGUCGAAAAUGAUUGAUGAUGAAGAUUGUAAAUCUAACAUGGAAUCUAUUGAUGAUUGUAGUGCAGAAUGUUGUAAAAAUUGUGGGUAUUUGUGUGAUCCGUAUAAAAAGCCAGCAUUACGCUGUAAUUUAUGUUUGAAGAAGAUUCAUAUAGACUGCUUGAAAAGAGGAAGUGUCCCAGUAUCUUUUGUAGGCGAUGUAUUUUUUGAUUUAAAUUGUGGUCAAUGUAGUCCUUUUGGUGAAGAGACAGUAACCCGUAAUAGAAUGCCUUGGCUUAAUGUAAUUGUAUUGACAUUAUAUAAUUUACGGGAAAAAUCAAGUGGUAUCAGUAAGAGAGGCUACUUUCAUUGGAAAUCUGAUAUCAGUACUUUUGUUGACCGUAAUUGGGAUUACUUGUUUAAAAAGACUGUUAAAAGAAAAAAGAAUUGGAUUGGUACAAUAUCUGGAACUCUUUCUCACUACAGUGGAAUUUUUUUUAAAUCAGGAACUAUAGAAUUAGGAGAAUCUGGUUGGUGGAGAUUAAUAGAUAACGAUCCACCUGAAGUCCUCAUUGCCAAAAAUGGAAAAAUGAUAUUAGAUCGUAAAAAACAAAUUUAUCCUAAAGCAGCAAAUAAAUCACAUGAUAGUCCAACUCCAUCAGAAUCCAGUAUUUCAGUUGGAGAAGAUAAUUGCUAUGGUAAUGGUUUAAUAAAAACUGAAGAAUACCCUGUAUAUUCACAAAACUACAUUCAACCAGAUACAACAUUGUUAGACUUUUUACUUGAGGAAGAUGAACUAACCAAUAUGGAAAUCGAAGAUGACAUGAUUUCCAAUGAACAAAGCGAUACUCCAUCCUUAUCAGAUUUAAUAAGAGAUUGUCAAUAUCAAACUAAUAACUUUCAUUUCUCCCAAUUACUGGAUGAAUUUGUGCCAGAAUGGUCAUCAAAUACAGAUACUAUUUCUGAAAAUAUUAACACUAUUAAAAUGGAACAAACAAAAGAAGAAGAAGAAGAGCAAUAUGAAGAAGAUAGUAAUGAUAGUUUAAGUUAUGUUCAGGAACAUCCACCUAUUUCUCUAUUUCGAGAAACAAAACAACGACCACGGCCCUGGCAAAGAAAUCAUGUAAUUGAAGAAAAGAUACCAUGCAUGACGCACCAAGAAGAAGCAUACUUAUUACAGCAAGUUAAUAAGUCUGCUCUUAUCUCAGCAUCUCCGGAAAUCAGACGAUUUUAUCGAAAAUUAGCUAUCCGAAAAUUAAAACGAGAAUACGGUUUACCAAUACUGGAUAUUGAUAAUUUUGGCCAUAAAACAGAAAUACUUGGUAAACCUUUAAAAGAUUCUAGUAGAGUUUUGGAUAGAUUCUUUGGUGACGAUUUGGGUACAUUUGAACAAAGACUACAGGGAUAUAAUGAGCCCACUUCUGUACAUAGUCCAUAUACAAAUAGACUUUUGAAACCAUUUAUAAGGAGAGAUACUUCAUGCCGUCCUUUAUGGUUAAAAGUGAUGGAAGAGUUGCGCGCUAAAGUCAAUAAAUUCAACCCUAAGUGGAAAUUACCGCCAUUAGCGCCGAUUGAUUACUCUUACGUGAGGCCGCAACACAUUCCCGCAAUUAAUAGUCUGUGUAGUCAAUUUUUUUGGCCUGGUAUUGAUUUGACUGAAUGUUUGCAGUAUCCUGACUUCAGCUGUGUGGUUUUGUACAAAAAAUUAGUGAUAGGAUUUGCAAUUCUAGUUCCUGAUGUUGGUUACAACGAAGCUUACAUUUCGUUUUUCCUAACGCGCCCCGAAUGGCGGAGAUCCGGGAUAGGAACAUUUAUGCUUUACCAUCUCAUUCAAACAUGUAUGGGCAAAGAUGUCACGCUACAUGUUUCCGCUACGAAUCCCGCCUUAAUAUUGUAUCAAAAGUUCGGAUUUAAAGUGGAAGAAUUUGUUCAAGAUUUCUAUGAUAAAUAUAUGCCACCGAACUCACGAGAAUGCAGACACGCGCUCUUUUUGCGAUUGAGUAGAUAAAUAUUAAUCAACUUAAAAUACGCUUAUGUAUAUCAAAUAUGAAUGUGAAUUCAAUUUUUUGUAUAAUAAAGAAUAAAGCUUUUAAAUUAUUACAUA